UCAACCUUUUUCUCACAAAACUUAGUCGGCAGUAAACUUGUCUGCUGCAACACCUUGUUUUGUCUCUAUUUCAUCCUAUAUAGAAGCUCUUGAGACGUACCAGGCAGAAGAAAGCUGUUUAGGGCCGGCGUCUAGCGAAGUAUACACCGAAAGCAGAAAAAGGACAAGACAGCACGUCGUUAACUCUUGUCCCGGAUGCCGGUCGGUGCGUCGACAACGCCUACCACUCCGCCUUCAUGGCGGACGCGGCCGAGGAGUACAUGUUCCUCCUUCAACGUCCCAGACCACCGCCCCGGCCGGGUCUUCAACUCACGCGACGAGUCGUUUGCGGAAGGUCUCAUGGUGGCCACGACGGGAUGGGGCGUCGAUGUGGUGCUGAUCUCGCUGUCCGGUAAACUCCUGCACGCCUCCUGGCGGUGCGUCGCGCCGAGCGGAACCUUCAUCGAGCUGGACAAGCGGGACGCCGCGGCGCGUUGCAAGCUGGCCAUGGACCCUCUGGACGACAGCCGCGCCUUCAUCGGCAUCGACUUGGCGCAACUGGCCGUUAUCCUCGACGGUGCAGAGAUCGGGCAGUUGCUGGACCGCAUCAUCUAUCUGUACCGAGGUAGGGUCCUCACUCCCAUUACGCCCUCGCGCGCAUUCCCGUGCAAGGAGAUCCAGAAGGCUUUCCAGUGUCUCGCCAAAGGGACGUAUAUCGGCAAGAUCGUCGUCGACUUCGUCAGCGAGCAAGCCGACCAGGAGGGCUCACUACCCCUGACCCCAGACGAGCCGGCGCCCGUCUUUCGUCCCGACCGCUUCUACAUCAUCGCGGGCGGCAUUGGCGGUCCCGGCACCUCUAUAAUUCGCUGGAUGGCCCAUCACGGCGCCUGGAACCUUGCCAUUUUGUCUCGAUCGGCGGGGACGUCCGCCCACGAAGCGUCGAUCCUCACCGAGCUCCGCGGCAUGGGAUGCACGGUACGCGCCUGCGCGUGCGACGUCACUGACGAGGACGCUGUCCAGGGUGUCGUGCCCAAGAUCUCGCAGUCAUCGUCGUGAAGAAUCGGAGGCGU